CCUACUCUCCGACAAUUGCUCUCUUCGCGCCACCUCCGCCGCCUCCGACACCGGCGCGCUUCUCCACCUCAAGUCACCCGCUCCACCUCGGUGUCUUGUUCCAUGGCUCUCCAACCUCCACCCGACGACGGCUCCAGCGUAAGCUCGGUAGCCUCGUCGCGCGGCGGGUCGGGCUCCGGCCCGUCCUCGAUUACCGUCCCGAGCACAGGCCCCGAGUUCUUCGAGUAUCGCCGCGCCUGCUUCCUCGCCGGCGCACCGCUUCCCGUCGUGUCCUCGUCCUCACCCGCCUCCCUGCCCAACUCCGGCGCCGCCUCGACUUCUGCCGUUCCCCCUCCACGAGCCAGCUACAACCCGCCACCAACAUACACUCUCCCCCCGCCACCAGCGCCCGCCCCCUCCGUGCCCUACGCCCCCUCCUCUAGUAGCGCCGUUGGGCGCCUUGAAGCGCUUCUUGCCAACUUCAACACGCCAUCGGACGACAUGCACGAUCCCGCGGCUGUCGCUUGGCAUGGGGGCGUCAGCAGCGUGCACCGCAGCCUCACGGGAUCUAAGCGGCUGUCGAAGGGUCUGAGGCUCGGGCUCGUCAUCCGUAUCCUGCGCGCCGGGUGGAUCAAGGACGGGACAUGGCCAUGCGAAGACGGAGUGCCCGUCGACCCGCCGAGCAGCCCCGAACUGGGCCCGGUCAAGGAGAUCAGAUAUCCGCCACCACACGAAAACCGGCGUCCACGUAAAGUUGACGAGAGCACCAUUCGCGGACCGCAGCGGCCCGUCGUCCAUGACGCUGUUAGCUCGGCUAUCUGUCUAAGCCCACCAAAGGAGAAGAGCACUUUGGGCAGCCGCUUGGCGGCGCUCACUUCGUCAUUUCUGAAUGGGAGCAGCUCGGGAAGCCCGGCGUCGGGCUCUGGGUGGAGCAUUGGACCUAGCUCGGCCGUUCUCGUGGGUACGGACUAGUCCAUGCCCGCCUCACCUCUCCUUUUCGAGACCUCACCCCCGCGGCGAGUUGCGCCCAUGCCUGGGCGGCGUAGACUUGAGCGAGUGUAGAAUAAUUACACCAUAUACAUGUCUAGGGUGCGACGUGGCUAUUGUAUGUCUUUCAGCAGCUUGGUAAACGCAAUGAGGUACUCCUCUGCUAUUGACGAAAAGUAAAACU